AUGUCUCACACCUAUGACCCCGAGCAGCACUACUUAUUCAGAGCUGGAGUCAGUGCCUAUGCUGUGGAUUGGCCUAUUAUCAGCCGCUAUCCAAAGCUUCACAGGGCAUGCCGACGUAAUCAACUCGAUCUUUUCAGGUUCCUGGAUGAGAACCAGGCCUUCUGUUGCAUUCGCAUCAUGAAUAGCCAGGCCUUCGACAUAGGUAACUACAUCCAGCCCGUGGUUGUGUCAGGUGGCGAUCCGCUAGAGAACGCCUGUGAUCUCUUCACAUACCACUUCAAGAUCUACGAGUUCGCUGCUCGUUACGGCAUCUCCAACUUGAAGAGUCUUUCGUUCUACUACCUGAAGUUAGCCGCCGACAAACUUAGUUACUAUGUUCUUGCCGGCACACUUUCCAAGCUGAACUACGCCUUCAGCCCCCAGGAAACCGAGUUCAUCGCUUACAUGCGAGAGAGAUCCCAGAUGCAGAACGAGACUCUCACUCCUCGAGACCACGCGGCCGUCAUGGAUGAUUGGCAAUACAGCAUGACUCUUGAGAACUUUCUUCUCGGCCAGAUCAUCAUGAUGAAGCUGCACAUCCAGAAGCUUGAGGCUGAUGCCGACCCUGGUGUCACAGACGACACCGAAGUCACUGACUACACUAACGACUCCGACGCCUCCGACACCGAACAGGACGACGAGGACAACGGCGAAUCGCAGUAG